AUGGGCAACAAACAGCACAGGGCUUUGGGGGCGGAGGACGAGUUCGACGCCGCCCUCAACUCGUCACAUUCAGGCACUCGACGCAAACGAAAAUUAAGGAGCGCUGCCGUCCACUCCAAACACGCAGGGACGUGUGGCGAGGGCGCGGAAGACGAGGCGGAUAAAAAGCCUCGCGGAGGGGAAAAGGUCCAAAAAGUCCAGCGCGAGAAGCAUCGGCACGCGCCACCUCCGGCCCCAAGUCCCGCUCCCGCGAGUCCGACGAACUCUUCUGGAAAGUCCAGCGGCGCCCACGCCGAGAGCCUUAGCACAGACCCUUCCUCUCAGCCCUCCACCUCCUCCUCUCCUUCGUCCUCCUCCUCGGGCGCGAAUCAAAGCCCCUCUGAGGUUUCCGACAACCAUGAAAUAUUGCCGCCGCCCGAGAGACGAGCAGAGAAUGAACACGAUGAAAGCAGUUGUGACACAGAUUCCGACUCGUGCUUGGAAAACACACAAAGCGGAGGAGAAAGUAUCCGAGAUACAAGCAGCGCGCAUGAAUCAAGCGGAGAACUUUCAUCGGUUCCGACACCACCAAAGGCUGGAAAGCCUCGCAAAGAUGGUUUCUCUCGGCGCCAGCGGAAGACUCGCGAAAAGCCAAGAGAAUGUGAAAGUUCCGAGAUCUUAGAAGCGGUGAACGAAUACGAGGAAGUGGAGGAACUCGCGCCGUGCCUGCGAAGCCCGAAGCGCAUCGCGAAGGACGAUCACAUGCAAAGGGCCGGGAAAGCGAGUGAGAAACGGCGAAAGCGGGAAAGUGUGGAGCUUGUGAUUUCAGAGAUUUAUCAAGAAGAGGAUUCCUUCUGCACGAGCUAUCUCGAGGAGGAAUUUAGCGGCGAUAUCAUAAAGAUCUACAUCCCUAAAGUCUCAGAACCUUCCCAGACCAAAAGCUUCCCAGGGUGUGUUUUCCAAGACAUAUCAUACGUCAAGGGCGAGAGUAAGCUGUCCGGAGAAGCUGUUUAUGUUGAAGGAGCCGCGGCUUUUGGAUUGAUUUUUGAGAAAGGAUAG